CGCAUGCCUCGAUUUCCACUUCCUGUGGCACGAAAAUAACCAAGAACCAGCCCACAUUACAGUCAUCGUCGAGAUGCAUCGCAGAAUUCUUCUGUGCUCUCUCUUCUCCUCAAUCUCCCUCGCUGCCGCUCUCUCGCCGUUGGACCUGUUCCGCGGCAACCCCUCAUCACCCUCGAACUCCCAGGUUGCCCACAUCAACCAAGACCAGAUCGCAAUGAACCCGGGGCCCGUCCAAGGCGGGGACGAGCCCGGACAACCUGGCGGCAACGUCGGUGAUAACACUCUCUCCAUCUCUGAUAUCCUCCCGCAGACCCGCAAGAUCAACAUCUUCGCAUCCCUGACACGAGACAUUUCUACCGUCACCUCCCGCCUAGAAUCCACCAAGCCGGAAGAUAAUACAACCCUCCUCGCUCCUCUGAACAGCGCGAUGCAGGCGCUUCCUCGCAAACCAUGGGAAGACAGGCCUGGCGAUGAUUCAGGUGUGGAUGCCGAGAGAGACGAAGACAAAGCAGCCCGAAAUCUACAGAGAUUCGUUGAGGAGCAUGUUGUUCCCGUGAGUCCGUGGAAGCGUGGCAAGUCGAACAUAAUCAAGACACUGGGUGGGCAAGAACUAUGGUGGGAGGAGAACGAUGAUGGAGACAGAGUAAUCAACCCGGGCAAUCUGGUUGUCGAUGGUGUUGUAGGAAGAGUUGGCAAUGGGGAGAUUUGGGCGGUAAAGGGAGUUGUCAAUUACGCAUGAGGGAACAUGGUAUUACUGAUGAGAGCAUGAGAAAAAGGCGGCUUUACGAGACUACGCAGGGUUACGGGGAAGGUAAUUGUACAACUAGGCAUUCGAUGAUGCUAGACUGUCAAGUCAGCCCCGUUCUUUGAGGCGGAGCAUCGAGAGUAUACUGAACAGGGCGGCCUAUAGAGACAAACUAUUUGUUCUUCUUUUCCCGAACA